AGCAUUCACUAUGGAGAAAAUAACAUUUUGAGACACUGAAGUUCACCCUCCUGUGUGUGUAUCUUAUUGUACUGCUUUUUGAAAAUCAGCUUAGUAAUGAAGCCACCAUUAUGUCCUUAGUCAGUGAAGUAAAUUUUGAUAUCAAAGAUUUCCUUAUGAGCAUCAAUUUGGAGCAGUAUCUCUCCCACUUCCGUGAGUUUGGUUUUAAUACUGUGAAGGACUGUGCAACAAUAAAUGACAGCGUGCUACACAAAAUUGGAAUAUCACCUACCGGACACCGGAGGAGGAUAAUCAAACAGUUACAGAUAAUCUUGUCAAAGAUGCAAGAUAUCCCAAUAUAUGCAAAUAUUCAUAAGACAAAGAAGUGUGAUGAGACUUUAAAGGAUCACCGUGCUCCAUCUUCUGAUAAGGAUACCCGCAUAGAACCUUUAGAUUCAUGUACUGUUCAGACACGUGGUCCAACAAAGUUGGAGGUGGUUACAAACAAUCUUGAUCAAAAUGACAUUAGUGUGGAAAAUAGCCAGUCUCUCGAAUCAGAUGGUAAGCUGUCUCUUCCUGAACACAACUUUCCCAUUCCAGAAGAAGAACCGCACCUGAAUUUAGAUUCUUUUCAAGAUUCUUUAUUUGGUCGCGAAAAUAGUAAAACAGAAUCUUUGAUUACAAAGAAGACUGUGGAUUGUACAGCUGAAGGAGAACAGGCAGAAGAUGUUGAUUUGAUCUCAGAAACUGUGAGCAAACUUCCUCAUGGAGAAGCUGAAUGCCUUUCUUCCCAUGGCUAUUCAAUAUCAGAAACUAAUUCUGGAAAUGGAGCUAAUGGUUUAUUAGAAAGUUCACCACCAUCCCCUUUCUUUAAAUUUCAAGGAGAAAUGGUUGUAAAUGAUUUGUAUGUUCCAUCAUCACCAUUCCUACCACCUAUGAGAAGUCGUAGCAAGUUGGUUUCAAGGCCAUCUCGAUCUUUUCUGCUGAGACAUCGGCCUGUACCAGAGAUUCCAGGGUCGACAAAAGGAGUUUCAGGGAGCUAUUUCCGAGAGAGAAGAAAUGUCGCUACCUCAGCUGGAAAAUCUGUGACACAGCAAAAUUCAAAUGAGGAGAAUUCAUCUUCCAUCUUUCCUUAUGGAGAGACCUUUCUCUUCCAGGGACUAGAAACUUCCAAGAAGAAGUCUAUAAAGAAUGAAUUUUGGACCCAUGAAGAAACACUCAAAGGGGAAGCAACUACUGAAAGAAAUUCUUUUUUUGUAAAAUCAAGCAUAUAUGAUAACAGGAAGGAAAAUGUGAGUGAAGACAAAGUGGAAGAUAUUUGGAUACCCCGAAAGGACAAGAACAGUUGCCCGACAGACUGUGCUUCAGAUUCAGAAUACUCAACGGUAGAAGAAUGCUUUCAGAGUCUAAGAAGAAAAAACUCAAAGGCAUCUAAAUCGAGGACUCAAAAAGCAUUGAAUUUGGACCCUGUCAAUAGGCACAGUUAUCCAUUAAGCUCAACAAGUGGAAAUGCCGAUUCAUCAGUUAUUUCCCCAAAUGCAAUAUCUCCUUAUGCCUGUUUUUAUGGAUCGUCUGUGAGGAAGGCUAAAUCAGGAUGGCUAGACAAACUCUGUCCUCAGGGAAAACGCAUGUUUCAGAAGAGAUGGGUGAAAUUUGAUGGCCAUAGCAUUUCUUAUUACAAUAAUGAGAAGGAGAAGUAUUCAAAAGGAAUGAUCCCCCUUUCUGCUAUAUCCACAGUACGAGUUCAAGGAGACAACAAAUUUGAGGUUGUUACAACACAAAGAACUUUUGUUUUUAGAGUGGAAAAAGAAGAGGAGAGAAAUGACUGGAUGAGCAUACUAUUAAAUGCACUGAAAUUGCAGUCUCCCUCGCAGUCUCCAGCAGUUGCUGCACCUGAUAAAUGUGGAUAUCUUGAACUGAGAGGGUAUAAAGCCAAAAUUUUUACUGUGUUAAGUGGAAGCAAUGUGUGGCUUUGCAAAAACGAACAGGAUUUUAAGAGUGGAUUUGGUAUUACAAUAAUUCCUCUGAAUGUAGCAAACGUAAAGCAAGCGGAUCGAACUGUGAAACAAUCUUUUGAAAUAAUCACUCCUUAUAGGAGUUUUAGCUUUAUAGCCGAGUCUGUAAAGGAGAAACAAGAGUGGAUUGAAGCUGUGCAGCAGUCGAUAGCAGAAACUCUCUCUGAUUAUGAAGUAGCUGAGAAGAUUUGGUUCAAUGAGUCCAACAGGAGCUGUGCAGAUUGUAAAGCCCCAGAUCCUGACUGGGCAUCCAUCAAUCUCUGUGUUGUCAUCUGUAAGAAGUGUGCAGGACAACAUAGAUCUUUAGGACCAAAUGAUUCCAAGGUGAGAAGCCUAAAAAUGGACGCGAGCAUUUGGAGUAAUGAACUCAUCGAGCUUUUCAUUGUCAUCGGAAACAAAAGAGCAAAUGACUUUUGGGCUGGUAAUCUUCAAAAAGAUGAAGAAUUACACAUGGAUUCACCAGUAGAAAAGAGAAAAGCCUUCAUUACUCAGAAGUACAAGGAAGGAAGAUUUAGAAAAACCCUUUUAGCAUCGCUCUCCAAGGAAGAAUUAAACAAGGCUUUGUGUGCUGCUGUGGUGAAAUCAGAUGUUCUGGAGACAAUGGCUUUGCUGUUCAGUGGAGCAGAUGCCAUGUGUGCAACUGGCGACCCCGUGCACAGCACCCCCUACAUGCUGGCCAAGAACGCUGGGCAGAGUCUGCAAAUGGAAUUUCUCCACCACAACAAAUAUUCAGAUUUUCCUCAACAUGACAUUCAUUCGGAAGGUGGAUUAAGUCAAGAGUCCUCCCAGGGCAUGUUCCUCUGUGACUUUUUGUACCAGGCUCCUGCUGCUGCUCCCAAACUCCCUUCGGAGAAAAAACUGCUGGAAGAGACAAAUAAAAAGUGGUGUGUUCUGGAAGGAGGUUUCUUGAGUUACUAUGAAAAUGAUAAGUCUGCCACACCUAAUGGUACCAUUAAUAUCAAUGAAGUUAUCUGCCUGGCCGUGCACAAGGAGGACUUCUAUUUAAAUACCGGGCCCAUCUUUACCUUUGAGAUCUAUUUGCCCUCAGACCGUGCGUUUUUAUUUGGAGCUGAAACAUCUGAAGCCCAAAGGAAAUGGACAGAGGCAAUAGCUAAGCACUUUGUUCCCUUUGUUGCUGAAAACUUAACAAAAGCUGACUAUGAUUUGAUUGGUCAACUCUACUACAAAGACUGCCAGGCACUGGAUCAGUGGAGAAAGGGCUGGUUUGCAAUGGACAAGUCUAGUUUGCAUUUUUGCCUUCAAAUGCAAGAACAGGAAGAUAGAAUGAACUUAAGAAGACUGCAAGAGCUAACAAUCAGCACAAUGGUUCAAAAUGGGGAAAAAGUGGAUAUCUUGCUCUUGGUAGAAAAAGGAAGGACGUUAUACAUCCAUGGGCACACCAAGUUGGAUUUCACAGUCUGGCAUACUGCAAUUGAAAAAGCAGCAGGUACAGAUGGUAAUGCUUUACAGGAUCAGCAGCUCAGCAAAAACGACGUUCCCAUUAUCGUGAACAGCUGUAUAGCAUUUGUUACACAGUAUGGUUUAGGGUGCAAAUAUAUCUAUCAAAAGAAUGGUGAUCCUUUGCAUGUAAGUGAACUCCUGGAGAGCUUCAAAAAAGACGCAAGAAGCUUCAAACUGAGAGCUGGAAAACAUCAGCUUGAAGAUGUGACCGGUGUGUUGAAAAGGUUUCUGUCUGACAUUGAUGAUGCACUUCUUGCUAAGGAGCUCUAUCCAUACUGGAUCUCUGCUUUAGAUACCCAAGAUGACAAGGAAAGAAUUAAAAAAUACGGAACAUUUAUACGUAGUCUUUCAGGGGUCAACCGAGCAACAUUGGCAGCUAUAAUUGAACACCUUUACAGGGUUCAGAAAUGCUCAGAAAUCAAUCACAUGAAUGCCCAUAAUUUGGCCUUGGUCUUUUCAUCCUAUUUGUUUCAAACUAAGGGACAAACUAGUGAAGAAGUAAAUGUCAUCGAGGACCUAAUUAAUAACUACGUUGAAAUAUUUGAGGUUAAAGAAGACCAAGUCAAACAAAUGGACAUAGAAAAUAGCUUUAUUACCAAGUGGAAAGACACUCAAGUUUCCCAGGCUGGAGAUUUGUUAAUUGAAGUCUAUGUAGAAAGGAAGGAACCAGACUGCAGUAAUAUAAUCCGGAUAUCUCCAGUGAUGGAGGCAGAAGAAUUAACUAAUGAUAUAUUAGCAAUAAAAAAUAUUAUUCCUACAAAAGGUGAUAUCUGGGCCACAUUUGAAGUCAUAGAAAACGAAGAGCUAGAGCGCCCUCUUCACUACACAGAGAACGUGUUGGAGCAGGUGCUUCGGUGGAGUUCACUUGUUGACCCUGGCUCUGCGUAUCUGGUGGUGAAGAGAUUCUUAACCACUGACACAGUCAAACACUAUCAUGAGACAAUGGCCCUGGGGAUUAUCAAAGAGGGAACCCUGAAAAUCAAAGAAGAACCAUCUAAAAUACUGUCUGGAAAUAAAUUUCAGGAUCGGUAUUGUGUUUUACGAGAUGGAUAUCUCUUUCUUUACAAGGAUCAGAAGAGUAGCAAACCUGACAAAAUGUUUUCACUCAGUUCCCUGAAGUUUUAUCUUGGAGUGAAAAAGAAAAUGAAACCUCCAACAAGUUGGGGAUUGACAGCACAUUCUGAAAAACAUCACUGGCACCUGUGCUGCGAUAGUUCACAGACUCAGAUGGAGUGGAUGGCCAGUGUCUUCAUCGCCCAGCAUGAAAACGAUAUACGACCACCAGCUGGAAAGGAACGAAAACGCUCUAUCACCAAAAAUCCCAAAAUUGGAGGUUUGCCUCUGAUUCCCAUCCAGCACGAGAGGAAUGUGACCGAAGCCCGCCGAAAUAUCGAGAGUGCAAGGGCAGAGCUGGAGAAGCUGCGGCUUCGAGAAAAGGGCAGUCAGGAGUCCGGGGACAGCACCUUGAAGGAGAGGGCCUCCAUGGUGGCCCACUGCCUGGAGCACAGGGACGAUAAACUCCGAAAUCGAACCCGAAAGCAUCGGAGUUUCAACUGUCUGGAGGACACAGAGGCGGAGGUCUGUCUUGGGCAGCAAAGGGGCCUUAAAGGCUUAAAGACGCUGGGGAAGACUGAGGACAGGAAUGGCAAAGCUGCUUUGGACCCAGAUAACAAGUUGCCUUCCAAGGUUAUUGAAGAACUUAGUGUGGUUCUGCAACGGACAAGAACCCUUCCAAAAGAACUACAGGGUGAGCAAAUCUUGCAGAAAGAGAUAAAGUGAACUGCAAAUUGUUUAAAUGUGGAGUAUGAUGUUUGCAAAUCAGAAACCAAACUGUAUGAUAAUUUGUGGUUUGUGAGGUUUGUCUAGUUAUAUAUAUAAGCAUUUAAAGAGCAUUUUAAAAUAUGUAUGUAUAUACACGAUAAGUGUAAGAUUAACUUUAUUUUGGUUUGAACAAAGCUUGUACAGUUCAACUGUAUUAACGUUAUGUAAAAAAGCAUUGGUUUACUCUGAGUGGCCAACUUUUCAAAGUAGUUGUCUGUUGAGUGAUGUAAUUUAUGAGCAGAAGUAUCAAACUGUACUGUAUUGUAUAAAAUGCUGUUUAAAUGAAGCCUAUGAACAUGUAUGUAACACAGUUGCACUUUGAGAAACCUUGUAUAUUAAGUUAUCAUGUUUUUAGGUUUACAUGGGGUCUACCUUAGGGAAAACAAAGAGAAGUAAGUUGAAAAUGGGGGAGGAUUUAUUUCAGUGGCUGCCUAUCUCACAAUCCUGGGGUUUUAAGAAGAGACAAGACGUUAACAAAUGUCUUGAAAACCAAGGAGGUCAGUAAAGAUUUAUUCUAGUUCACUGUUAAGAAAGUCCUUAUUAAUAAAAUGUCUGGUGACCAAGUAUUUCCUGAGCAAAUAUGGAGCCAACAAACACGUGUCCUGGCACUGGCCACUCGUACCUACGGGCGAGUGAACCAGCCACCGCACACACUCACUACACUUGAGGCCCUCGCAGGUGGCCGCCGAGGAGAGACUGACACGGCACCGAAGAGACUGCGCAGGGGCCGGCAGGGAUGCCGUUUGCACUGAGGCUGUGCACAAGAGGUUUUUUUUUUUGAAGAGUUCCUUGCUUUUGUUUUGGUACGAACAGAGUUCAUCUUCACAGGGUUUUGUUAUUGUUGUGUUUUGUUAUUGUUUUACAUUGUGUGUCCAUUUCUUGUUAUUUUCAGUAAGUUUGUAAUGUGUUUCUCUGUGCUGUCAGAAUUAACUGGACGUAUACCACCUAGGCAACAUAGGGCCCUCCUGCGGCGGGAGACGGUUUGACCCUGCAGCAGCCGUCUCCUCCCUGUGCCUGAUGAGCGAUGACCAGGUGCUCUGUUCCACGUACAGUCAGCUACAGAGCUGGUGAUUUUCCCAGGACAGACAGUACUCGUUGUAGUUCACAGUAGGGGGCAGCACUUUUCACCAAUUUCUUUAGAAUCGUAUCAGAAUUGAGUUUGAAUUAAAAGUUAUUUUAUGUAGCUAAGCUUUAUUCCUGAGAUUUCUUUGUUUUUUUUUCCCCUCUAUUUUUCAAAUGUUGUACAUACCAGAAUUUGUAUACAAAGACCCAUUCUUUGGUCAGUCCAAUUUGUUCACUAUAAGAUACUGAUCACAUAUAUUUGUUUGCCUUGUGUGAUAUGUAUAGAUGGGAAUAUUUUUUAAAGAAGAAAAAGCUGCAGGUCAGUUUAUAAAAUGGGUGGCACUACUGCGCAGCCUUUAUGGUAUUUAGAAAAAAUCUGAGAUAAGCUCUUAUUCCUAAUAAAUGAUAGUAUUUAUGUUAUAAAGUAAGGAGACAUAUGAAAAUUAAUGUUGGACAAUGGGAAAACUAUCUGGAGUUUCUACCUGUCUUUACCUGAAUAUUUUUUAAACUUGAGCUUAAAAUCUUAUAGUCUCUGUUUCCCUCCUUUCCUGUACAAUUCUCCAUUUUCCAAGUGUAAGAUAAGGGCUACUGAUGAUAUCUCAUAUUUUGAGUAAAAAUUAAAAUUGUUUUACUAGUCCACCUGAAUGUGACUG